AUGGCAGCCCUACUGAGGAAUCGUCUCCUCAUCUUUAUCUUCACCAUUUAUAUGGUGUCGUAUCUCAUGAUAUCUGCUUCCGCUGCCCCACACGAGAGAGCAGACGUCCCCGGCAAGUAUGAUGUGGUCAUCUACGGCAACACAGUCGCCGCGAUAGCAGCAGCUGUCCAGGUCAAGCGCAUGAAGAAGACGGUGGCUAUCGUAUUCCCUGGCGGCACGCUGGGUGGCCUCACAACAUCAGGCCUCGGCUGGACAGACUCCAAGAACGGAAACAUCGUCGGCGGUAUCGCAAGAGAGUUUUACAGCAGAGUUUAUACACACUACCAGAAGAGCACCUCAUGGAACCAGGAGACUCGAGGAAGCUACCUCGGACGAAAAAUCGGCGCUCAGCCAGGCCCUGCCAUCGACGAGAGCAAGAAGGUCCAGUGGACCUUUGAGCCCAAGGUGGCUGAGUUCAUCCUUGAGAACUGGAUGAAGGAUGGAAAGGUUCCCAUUUUCCGCAACCGUGCUAUCGAUAGAGCCAAUGGUGUGGUGAAGAAGAAUGGAAAGAUCGCAUCUUUCAAGACUCUCAAUGGAGACGUCUUCCAGGGAAAGAUGUUCAUUGAUGCCAGCUACGAAGGUGAUCUUAUGGAGGCUGCUGGUGUCUCUUCCCGCACAGGACGCGAGAGUGCCGGCGACUACAAUGAGCCAGUAGCUGGUUUCCGUCUUGGCGCCAUUGAGCAGCUUGCUAAAGUCGAUCCCUACAAGAAGAAGGGCGACGCUAGCAGCGGUCUCAUCGAAGGUGUUGGACGCAUUGUCAAGAACCCCGAUGCCCUCAAGGGCCAAGGCGAUUCUUUCCGUCUCCAAUCUUACAACUUCCGCAUGAGUCUCACCAAGCAGAGUGGAAACAGAAUUCCCUUCACGAAGCCUGCAGAUUACGACGAGUCUCGAUACGAGAUGCUCCUGCGCUAUUUCGAGUCAGGCUACACAGGAACCCCUUUCACAAGCCAGCUUAUGCCCAACGUCAAGACGGACUCCAACGCCCAGAGCCAUGUCAGCACUGAUCUGAUUGGUGAGAACUAUGAGCAGGAUGGCAACUACGCACUCUGGUCAUACGAGAGACGCAGAAAGAUUUACCUCGACCACAAGUCUUACACUCAAGGUUUCUUUUACACAUUGGCUAACCACAAGCGCGUUCCUGCGUCUCUGCGCUCGAGAAUUAAUGAAUGGGGCUAUGCCAAGGAUGAGUGGCUCAGCAACGGCAACUGGCCUUACGAGAUCUACAUCCGAGAAGGACGUCGCAUGGACGGUGGCUACACCAUGAGACAGAGCGAUAUCCAGUCGCCUCCCGCACGACCAAACAACAGCAUUGGUAAGGGCGCCUACUCCCUCGACGUCCACCAGGUCGAGCGAGUUCUUGUUGGUGGAAAGCUCCGCGACGAAGGCAAGGUGCACAUCGCUACCCCAGGACCCUUCAACAUCCCCUACCAAUGCAUCGUCCCCAAGAAGAACGAUGCGGUCAACUUCCUCAACCCCGUCACCAUGAGUGCCACUCAUAUCGCGUACUCGGCCAUCCGUAUGGAGCCUACGUACAUGGUCCUCGGCCAGAGUGCUGCCACUGCGGCCUGUCUUGCCAUUGAUCAGGGCGUCAACGUGCAGGACGUUGAUCUUCCCAAGCUGAUUGCAAGACUCAAGGCUGACAAACAGAUCCUUUGA